AUGGCUCACAGGGCUAUACCAAUUAAAUGAAACUGGAAACUGGAAUGCAUGCGUAUUAUAAUACCGUACAUGUAAAUAAAAGCAGCAGGCUCUGGGUGUGUGUCAAUAAAGUUGUCCCGUCUCCUCCUCCCCCCCCCCCCACAGCGCGCUGUCAAUAAAGUUGUUCCGACCGUUGCCGCGGUUACGGACGACGCCGCUGCGCGCUGGGAUCAGCUGACGCCGCGGGUACAAAUCGUCUUAACAUUUUACAAGAUUUAUAUUUAUUGUGCACGGUGGCUGCUUUAUUGAUGCUUUAAUUCGAAGUUGUUGUUUUUUGCGCUGUCUGCUGAGCGCGCCCGCGCAGGUGAGCGAUGGCUAGGUGGGCUGCCCCAUCACCCAACGCGGAGGCAUCUUCUGCGGAGUGGGAGCUGAGGCCUUCUUCCUCUCUGUGGCUCCUGAUAGAGGAAAAUGUACCCCCCGCAGAGCGGGAAGAGGUCAGGGCCGCGCUGGGAGAUGGUGCCGUCACCUAUAGCCAGGAGCUGCAUGCAGAGAUGCAGUGCUUGUUGGAGAUUUGGAGGGAAGUAUGCUCUGAGAACGGAGCGAUCCAGGACACCGUUGUUCAGCAAUCCCGACCUCGCCCGCUGGCCGACCCGCCAGCUGUGAAGGCCAUGCUGCGGCAGGAGAUUCGGCUGCUGCUGCUUGGCCUGCGAGAGAAGGCACGCCAGCAUGGACGGGAUGAAACGGAAGUGAUGUCGCGGUACAGUCAAGAAGUGGUGGAAUUUGCAAUGGACACACAGUCGCCCAGCCUUCCUGUGGCCUCACAGGCUCUUGGGUCCUGCAAAGAUUCAGGAGGCGGCUCUGCCGGCAGGCAGAAGCUUAGGCACCCAUCCACUGGCGGAAUCCUGAAGGACCCCAUUCAUCCCAAGUGGGGGAUUAUCAGGCCACACACAGCACCAGUGCCACAAGAACUCAGGCCCUUGUCGAGUCUGUCGAUGUCUUCAAACCUGCCAGACGAAGUUGAGGCUCUGAAGGAGAAACUCAAUGUGAGCCGCAUUGAUGAGGUGAUCGAACAUCUUCGGAGUUUGCUUAACGAAGAAUGCAGUACUUUGGAGAAAGACAUUCAAAGUUUACAGGAACACUUGGCGGAGGGGCGCAGGGGACCGGCAUUGCCUAGGAAUGAGCCUUCCAUCACAGAGCUCAAGGAGCAACGCAAGGUCCUGGAGAGUGAUCUGCGGGUCACGUCAGCCGAAGAGAGGCCGUCGGCACCCGCGCUCACGACGCGCACACUCAGCCGUGUUGACAGGGUUCCUCACGCCGUUUCUGCCAGAUCACCCGGUGAAGCGUUGGCCCCUAAAGCGGCGACGGUUCGACUGCCGCCACCCUCCCCUCUCACGCCGGACAACGAUGAGUCUCCUGCAACUCAGCAGGGAGGAUUCUACCCGGGUAGGCCACGUCCAGCGACCCCCCUUCGUCGUCCACACACAACCCAGGCUCCAUUUAAUCCCUCCGAGCGACAAUUCGCCGAAUCUCAGAAUCCAUCAGGUCCAGCACCUUCUGACGGACAACGCUUGCAAGUGACUCCCAGCAGCCACGACGGGGAAGAGGAGGACACCGAUGGAUGCGAUACUGAGAUAACGGGGAGUGGUGACACCCUGGAGGUUCGCACGUCGGCCGGUUUGGCUGGAGGGAGGCGGCCGCUGGUGUGUGCGAGAGGCAUUCUGGUGCUGGCACCUCUGACAAUGGGCACCCGGGCAGCGCUCACACCUAUGCCGCAUGCACGGGAGAUGUCUGGAGCCCGGCUGUUAGUGCCCACGCCACCCAAAGGAGCCAGGCCGCUGGGAAAACAUGCUAGGCCAGCACACAGGAACAGGAUGACGCUCGCCGAUGGAGUACCUUGAUGGCACACGCUGCGUGCCCCUCUUACGGCAGGCUGAUGUGGACUCGCAGGCCAUUGCUGCAUUCACAGUUGCUGCCGAGGGGGUCCCCUUGGCUAGACUACAGCAAGGCAUUGAAAGCACUUCGGAGUUGCUGAGGCAUUUAAGCGACCUAUGCACGUGAAAUGUUCAGUCUAAGAUGUGCAGUGUUUAUUUUUCAGCAGGUUCCCCUGCGGCUUACCUUUGUGGUCAGCAUGCAACAGUAGCAAAUGAGGUUGUUUUGAGACAUCAGUAUCUCCACCGGAGACUUUGAGUCACAGUUUGCUGUUGGUAAAAUAACAAGCUGAGCUGCUGGAAUUGCAUUCAGAAGUAAUUCGUCUUGAUUAAUAACUCGUUUGGGGCGUUCUAUUAAGUAGAAAGCAUUGCCAUUGUAUUGUUUGGAAGCUGUUGCUCUUUAAAAAAAAUUGUGAAUGCACUCUGUGAACAUCAAGGGCUUAGGCAGAAUUUGGAUGGUGCUCUAAUGGAACAGAUUUCUUCUUAAGAUCCUUUGUAAAUAUCACACCAGAACGAAUUGGUCUCUAUCAAAGCCAUCUUGAAUAUAUUUAAUUGACGGUAGCUUUAUUUGUCCUAUCAGAAUUCACAUUUUUACUGCAGUAUUGUUAAUGUUUGCCACCUAGUGGGCAAUCUAGAAAGCAGCAUUCGGGUCUGUUAAUCAAGCUUCAGAAACACCAUGGAAAUUGUACGUCCUAAGGCAUGUAGUCUAUCGCCAGCAAUUUAAAACACUUAUAAUUACAUUAUACCCCAUGAAACACAAAACAACAUUUUUUUUGCUGUCUGGAAAAAUGCAUUUUUUUCUAUAAAUUGUAUACUCAUCACAGCCAACAUCUCUAAAUUCCUCGGACCUCCCCAUGGCCCAUUCUUUCAGGUUUACCAGUAUACCCAAUUAUGCUAUAAACUACGUGGCUGUGGAAAAUAUGUAGGCGAUUGAACCGAUGCUCAAAUUGUUAAUGUCGGCCUCCGUUGAGGCUUGAUGACCGGCAUUUUAGAUGCUCGCUGCCUGUGGGGCAGGCACGCACCCUGUAUCUUGGCUUUGCCACACUGCAUUAGGCGCCUGUUUAUUCAGUAGUACCAUUCGACCCGACAUAGGGGGCAACGCAAGACCGCUGAUGAGACUCGCAAUCUGCUUGCAAAAUAAAGAACGGUUACGGGUACGUUCUUGGAAAUGUGUAAAGGGCCUUUUGUAGGGGAUUGGUAGGAUACAUGGUAAAACACUCGACACAUAACGAUGCGUUGAUUCGUCGAAUCAAAUACAUAGUAUGCAUUUGGAAUGCUUAUGCUACGUGUAGCAAAUUACAUUGGUGAGAAUUUAUACUAAUACUAUGUGAAUGUAAUACUGUAUUGAGUGGGCAGGCAGGUAUUAAAACUACAAUGGCCUAUGAACAAUAUAAAAUUGAACGUAAAAAUUAGAUAACAGAGUUUAUUCUUUAUUAAAAUGAUGACCCCAAGUCAUGGAAAUGCAUAAAAUCUCUGAGUAGGUGACUCAUUACAUGCCCUGUGCAAAUUCCAUAUUUCCAUUCAGAACACUCAAUGACAGAUUUUACUACUAAUUUUGCUACAUCUUUGUUGAACGGGUGAUUCUGAGUCUUAGAGCACACGACUCGCAAUCUGUGCAUUGCAAGUUUAAAUCCUGAUGAGGGUUUCAUUCAGCUAUUCAUGCCUUGGGGGAACGAUAAAACAGGUACCACUUAAUCAGAAAUCAAGUCGUUUUAUGGACACUGAGACACUAUAGUAAUUCCACCACUGGCUCAAGGUCAUAAACAUGUGAUGAGCACUGACCCACACUCAGUUUACUGAGUAAACACUUCAAGGUUUGUUUGUUUUUUUGCCUGCCACGUCUAGCCAAAUACACUGUCCAGUUUGCGAGUCGUCUCAAUUACGGGAUGUGGCCUUUAAAAACAUAACACCAUAGCACCGCGCCACGCGUAUUCAAUAGUCAGAAGAUAAUUGCCCUCAAGCCCUCUAAAACUCCCCCAGCGAACUGCAACUACCCCUGGCCAACGUGCACCCCCAAUUCGCUUCCUUACCCUUGCCCUUAGAAUGAAUGCUUGUGCAUUUUUCUUCCCAAGCAACGGAAGGUAAAUGGGUGUAUAUCCCAGCGGUGCCUGGAAAACCAGCAGCCUGUAACAGCCACCGCUUUGUAUCUGCCAUUAGUGCCUCCCCCUUACUUGCACCUCCAGCCUCCCCAACUAUUUUUACAUUCAAAUGUAUAUAUUUUUUCACCAUCACUGCAAAACAGUCUUGAGCCACAUUAUCUGGAGUGCUUAUUUUACAAUUGUGCUCUCGGAUUUCCCUAAACUGUUGCCAGAGUAAAUACAGUAUGUCGAUGUACAGCUCCUUUGCCAAAUCUGCUUCUGGAUGAGGGCCUUCCCAGACAGGGCAGACCAUGGGGGUUAUUUAACUUUACUUCACCAUACUUGCCAAUGUGGGUUGGUGAAGGCGUGGAGCAUUAAUGUGGAACCAUAAAAGUACAGUACUGUAUUCCAGUGGAUGUUGCUGCAUUGCCCUUUGCUGCCAGCAACUUAGCCCCGAAUAAAUAUCCACGAGUCUUUAUAAUGAACAUAUUAUAUAGAUACAACCGUAAUGUCUGAGUGAAUUGGUCCAUCAUCAGCUAAAAAGUUGUGUGCUUUACUAUUUGUGAGAGAGAUGAAAGGCCAUAUUGCAAAAAAUAUACCCAUUCAGUAUGUGUGUAUAUAUAUGGAGUGGCACCCAGAUGUCAAGUCACCAAAAUAAAGACCUCGAGCCAGAUGAAGGGAUAAUGUAAGAACACAACUUGGAGGUCAGGUGUCAAGGUUACAAUUGCUCCGUGGUCUAGCAUAAGAAAUAGGUGAGGUGAUUUACGUAUUUUUAUUUUUAACUUCUUUUGCACCGUACAUAGCCCACUGUGUUAAACUGCUGAAGCAUAAACAGCAAUGUCUAAUUUUUACUUUGCCCAGAAAAGUAUAGAAUUCUCCAGACGUUUUCAAGCGCGGUCUGCUUGAGAUAUUUAGCCAGGGCACGGUGUAAUUUUCCAUAUGAGGAAACUAUACGGUGGUGUUUUGGUGUACAUCUAUAUCUCAAACUCUGCCAGACGCUGAAGCUGCCACAGUUUUAGUGAACGUGACAUCUGUUGAGCACAAAAGCGCCCGUGACCAAUGCUCUGUGCCGCGAUUAUUAAUGCACAAGGGGCGGCUGACGGGGGAGUUGAGAGUCCCUUGAAUUGCAGGUUUAUUGCUGUCGGGCUGGCGCUACUGCCAAAGCCACUUUCAGUCUUGUAGAGGACAGAGAAAAAAGCAAUUGGUCACAGGCAUCAGUCUGACUCUUGCAUUGUUACUUUAGACUUUCGAGACUGUAUAAGCGGGGAGAUAUUCACACACGUUACUAAGAAACCAUCAAUAGCAUAUAUUAGCUGAAUAUCCACAGCCAGAUUACACUCAAUUAAGAUCAGCACACAUUAGGAUGCAUAUGCACACAAGUACAACACGUUUCCAAUGUAUUAAUACAUGACUCUUUCUGGUACCAAAGACCCCCUAUGUGCGUCCCAAAUCAAGGACAAAGUCACCCUUCAAGGUCCUUCUGGACUCCCACCUGCCUAUCUCUCCUUUAUCAUAUGGCUCUGCUCGCCUCUUAUGUGCUUUCAUCUCAAACUUACCCAAGGGACUUCUAUCGAGACCCCCAGGCAACCUUCUCUCAUUGGCAGGUCACUCUUUCUCUGCUGUGUCCGCAACUCCCUCCCACUGAUUAUAUUAUUCACACCACUGAUAAAAUUGUCCCGGUGCAAUCCGGACUUAAGACUUUUUAAUCUUGUCUCCCUACGAGCAGUCUUAAUUUGUAAAUGUACCAUAAUGCCACACUUUCCUUCUGUGCCUUGUAGUCUGUUAACGCCUCCACUACAUUCUUAAAUAACCCCCCAUCAAAGCCUCCCUUGCCAAUGUGGUACCGUAUAGUCAACCCCCAGCAGUGGAUGGAUAAAGGGUCAUACAUUGUUUCGUCAUUUAUUUUUUGGACAAUACAGGUGACAGAGUAUCAGCCAGUGGAAGGAUAAUGCCUGAGAGAACGACCGCUGAGAAGAUGGAGUGAUGAGAAUAGCUCAUGCGCGAGAACGAGAUAGUUUUUGGGAUUGCAAGAUUGUGGCAUUGCGUGGCGAUUGCGUGGGUAGGCAUUCAUCCAGCAGUGGAGAGAACAAGACUGCUGGUUAUUUAGUGGCUGCUGUUGAAUUAUGGAGCCCCGAGCAGUUGUCAUGAUUAUCACGUGGUUUGUUUUGAAUCGCUUUGCUGUACAGAAAUUGUUGUUGUGAAUACUUCCGCAUGAGGGUCUUGAGUUUCAGGUGGUUGACUAAAAAUAAAAAUGUAUUAUUCAAAA